CUCUCUCUCUCUAAAUGGACACCUAGUAAAUAUAGCUAUUAGUAUUACCCACUAGUCAGUCUGUCUUUCUUUCAAGGAAAACAGAAAAUCAAGAAAAAGAACAGGAAACUGAGAAAUUUAAAAAGAGAGAGAGGUUUUGAGAUCUGACCCGUUUUGUUUGGUUUUUGCCAAAACUCGAAACUUGGGGGCCCUUUGUCAAGGGGGUCUUCUCUUUCUGCUUCUCUUCCUUUCUGUCUCUGGAUUUUUCAAUUCUCAAGGCUGAUCUUUUGUUGAAAGGAUGGGUGUUGAGGUUGUGGGAUCUGAAAUGGCUCAUGUACCCGUUGAGACUGUUGCUGAAGUAGACAACUCAUUUCUGCAUGAGAAGGAAAAUGGGAAACUGGAUAUGGAAUCAGGGUUUAAAGAGCCUAUCAAAUUCGGUUCCCAGGAUGAGGAGCCCGCAAAAGAAGCGGACAUUGUUGCAGAUGCCAAGUUCCCAAAAGAAGCAGCUGACGAGUGGCCUGCUCCAAGGCAGAUCCAUACCUUUUAUUUUGUAAGAUACCGACCAUUUGAUGAUCCAAAAAUAAAAGCCAAAAUUGAUUCGGCUGACAGGGAGAUUCAAAGGACUAAUCAAUCCAGGUUUCAGAUUUUGGAAGAGUUGAAAGCAAAGAGGUCGGUGCGCGCAGAAUUGAUGGAACAGGUUAAAACUCUAAGAAACGAAAAUGAUCAAUACCGAAAUAUCGUUGAUGAGAAAAGGAAGGAAAUAGAACCUCUGCAGCAGGCACUGGGAAAGCUACGCAGCACAAACAAUGCAGGUCGUGGUGCUCUGUGUUCAUCUGAGGAAGAGCUCAAUGAUGUUAUCAAUGGCUUGCGAUACUGCAUAGAACAUGAGAGCAUCCCAUUGACUGAGGAAAAGAAAAUACUUAGAGAAAUCAAACAGCUUGAGGGGACAAGGGACAAAGUAAUUGCAAAUGCUGCUAUGAGAGCAAAGAUUCAGGAUUCACUGGGCCAGAAAGAAGCUAUUCAAGACCAGGUCAAACUUAUGGGCGUUGACUUGGAUGGAGUAAGAAAGGAGAAACAGGCGGUUGGGACAAGAAUUGGUCUACUUAAAGAAAAAGUGAAGGCAUUGGAUGCUGAAAUCAAGUCAUUGCAGGAUGAUCUGGAAGCUGUUACAGUCAAGAGGGACAAAGCAUUUGAAAAUAUCAAGUCCUUGAGACAACAGCGUGAUGAUGGGAAUGUCCACUUCUACAACAGCCGUAAGACCAUAACUGAAGCUAAAGAUCUUGCUGCUAAGAAAGAUGUUCAGGCUCUUGAGAAGCUUGCUCAUGAAGAGGUUGACAAAUUUGUGUCCCUCUGGAGCAGCAACAAAGCCUUUAGGGAUGAUUAUGAGAAAAGAAUUUUGCCAUCACUUGACAUGCGACAGUUGAGCAGAGAUGGACGAAUCAGAAACCCUGAUGAGAAGCCAUUGGUUGUUGUGGAGUCAGCAGUACAGUCUGAACCAGAACCAGUGGCUAAACCUAAUGUAAAACGGGUGAAGGAAGAACCAAAACCUGCUGCACAAAAGGAUAUUGCAGCUACCCAGAAGGCCCAAAAAGAAUCAAGUAAGACUGGUUCAAAGGCAACCUCGGACCAUAUUGAUGUAGCUGAUGAGAUCUAUGUGCCAGAAAAGAGGAGUCCUGCGAAGGAGGAAAUUGAUGAAUCAAAGUUGAAGGAGCUUAAAAGAGAAGAAGAGAUGGUAAAAGCUAAGCAAGCCCUGGAAAGGAAGAAGAAACUGGCUGAGAAAGCUGCAGCUAAAGCAGCAAUAAGAGCUCAAAAGGAAGCAGAGAAAAAGCUCAAGGAGCGUGAAAAGAAAUUGAAGAAGAAGGCUGCAAUUUCUGCUCCGUCAGCUGAAGCUGAGGAACCAUCUGAAGCGGUUGUAGAGGCAGCAGAAACUGAAAAGGUUGAAGUGGAUGAUGAGCCUCCAGCUCCCUCAAAGGAAAGAGUGAGAAAGGAGAAUAGUGUUAGGUACAGGACUCGACCAAAGGGUCCAGAUUCACUUCCAAAAGCCAUCUUGAGGAAGAAAAAGACGACCAACUACUGGAUGUGGGCUGCUGUUGCAGCUUUGCUGCUCCUUGUGUUUGCAGUCACUGGAUACUACUAUCUUCACUGAAGAAGUGGAAAUAGGAGUAAUUGUGUAGAGUGGUGGACAGUUUUCUGCUUGAUGAACAUGCGAGUGGCUAGGUCUUUUAGAAGAACGAACUAAGACAAUUUUGCUCGUUGCAUCCUGUUGCAGGAUGGACUCAAAGCUCAUAAUGUUGGUGGUCAUAGCAGAUGCAGUUUAAAAUACUUUAGCAAGAAAAAUGAUAUACAUUUGGUUUGUUUUUUAUGCUUCCAAAUUUUGACUUGGUUAAAUUUCAUGAAUGUUAACUGAAGCCUUUGCUUUUAUUUGGAAAUUUAGAAGUUCAUUUUCAGAAUA